UGUGUGUGUGUGUACUUAAAGGUUCUGAGUGUAAGAGGAGCUCACAUGGGUGUUAAUGAAUAAUUUAGAGAAGAAGCUGACUGGUUAAACUCUCUCCACCCACACACACACACACACACACUCACAAAUACAACCUACUUCAGCUCAUUUCACCUUUUAGUUUUCUCAUCUGAAAAUCAAAGGAACGCAGACAGAAACCCUAAGUAAUCAGCAGUGCAUUGUGGGAAAUGGUCUCUGGAGCCAUUGCUCUGGCCUUUGUGCCAUUGUUGAUCUCUCUGCUCAUCCGGUACCGGUUCUACUUCGUGCUAUUUUACCGGGCCGUGCUGCUUCGCUGGGUUCAGGACUUUAAUACUGGCCUCAGCAGGGAGGAGAGAGUGUAUGAGUAUGUCCUCACACAUGCCACAGCAGGAGAUCCCGAGAACAUCCUCGACACCUUCGACAACUGGAGCAGCAACAUCGAGUUCAUCAGUCAUAUAGGACCUAAAAAAGGUUUGGUUCUGGAUCGUCUGCUGAAGGAACUUUGUCCUAUGACGGUGUUGGAACUGGGGACUCACUGCGGCUACACCACGGUAAGAAUCGCUCGUGCACUGCCUCUUGGUGCUCGACUCUACUCGGUGGAGAUGGAUGAGAGGAAUGCACGCGUGGCCGAGAAGAUCAUCCGCAUGGCUGGAUUUGAUGAAGACACGGUGGAGCUGAUUGUGCGACCCUCAGAUGAGGUGAUUCCCCGCCUACGUGAGGAUUUCGGUAUUGAACGUCUGGACUUUGUGUUUAUGGACCACUGGAAGCGAUGUUAUCGGCCGGACCUGCGGGCUCUGGAGGACAGCGGUCUGCUGGGUGAUGGCUCCGUGGUGAUGGCCGAUAACGUGGUGUUUCCUGGCGCUCCCAGCUUCCUGCGUCACGUGCGUCAAUGCGGUCUUUAUGAACACCGCAUACAUCGUGCCGCACUCGAGUACAUCCCGGGAAUCCGUGAUGGCAUGGCUGAACUCGUGUUCCGUGGCAUCAAGUAAAGGACACGCGGGAUACCACCAGAUUAUUUAUUAUUCAUUUUAAAACGAACAGCGAGCAGGGGCUUUAUAUGCUACAGGAACCAAAUGUCCCACCAAAAAAUAAAAACACAAGCAAAAACAAAAUGUAUUUAAAAUCACAAAAUGUGGUUUCAUAUAUUCAGUUCAAAAUAUUUCAAAUAUUAGAAAUUACAAUCAAAUAAAAAAAAAAAAGGCCCAACUCCAAUAAACUGCGCUGAAUCUUCUAAAGCAAAAUGAUAAAAAAAAUCUAUUUAAUAUAUUUUCACUUCGUGUUAGCAUUAGCAGUCUGUACACUAGUUAGGUAGAAUUAGCUUAGCCUCCAUUAACCAACACUAAAUACACCGGGACCUCGGGUUAUGAAUUUAAUUCGUUCCGGAACAUCAUUCACACGCUAAAAAUUAGUAUACCGAUACAAGUUUUCCCAUAAGGAAUAAUGGAAAGUGGGAUAAUGUGUUCAGAACGACCCCAAAUAUUCAUAUAAAAAAAAUACAAUCAAUAUGGACUAAUUAUUUAGCAUGUAAUAAUGGUGCCUCAACAUCAAAAAAAAAAAGGAAAACAGGAUCUUAACUUUGUACUUUACCUUUGAUAAGAGUGAAUGCUUGUGUGAUGGACAUGACGUUCGGAGGAGCAGAAGACAAAUCUCCUUCCAUCAUGAUGGCGGGUGAACUAUCACCAGAAUCACUGUUAUACAUGUUAUUUUUCUUGAUGAUCAUCUUUAGUUCCAGUGAUAAAUUAUUCUUUUCUUCCAAUUUCCAUAACAGACUUCCGUUUCGUCGACGAUGUGAAUAAAAUGUAUUUAAUGA